CACACAAAGGCCCGUCUCCAUGGCAGCGGCGCGGGCCGGAGCGCGGCGCAGAGCGCGGCCCGGGCGCCAUCGAGCCUCGGCGGCCGACGAGCAGAGAGUCCUGAUGCCAGCCUGGAGCAGAGACUGAGCAGAGCUACUGGAUCCUUGAGCUCCCGGAGCAAUGGCUCUGCCUUUCUGGGCCCUGACCCUCCUGGGUCUGCUGGGCCUGGGCGCAAGCCUGCGGCCCCGCAAACUGGACUUCUUCCGUAGCGACACGGAGCUGAACCACCUGGUGGUGGAUGAGGUCACGGGGGUGGUGUAUGUGGGGGCCGUGAACGCGCUCUACCAGCUGAGUGCUGACCUGCAUCUCCAGCAGCAGGCAGUUACAGGCCCUGCCCUGGACAACAAGAAGUGCACACCGCCCAUCGAGGCUAGCCAGUGUCAUGAGGCGGUGCCCACCGACAACGUCAACCAGCUGCUGCUGCUAGACCUGCCCGGGAAGCGCCUGGUUGAGUGUGGCAGCCUCUUCAAGGGCAUCUGUGCCCUGCGUGCCCUGAGCAACAUCUCCCUGCGCCUCUUCUAUGAGGACAGCAGCGGGGAGAAGUCCUUUGUGGCCAGCAACGAUGAGUGUGUGGCCACAGUAGGCCUGGUGAGCUCUACUCGCCCUGGUGGUGAGCGGGUGCUGUUUGUGGGCAAAGGCAACGGACCCCAUGACAAUGGCAUCAUCGUGAGCACCCGCCUGUUGAACCGGACGGAGGGCAGGGAGGCCUUUGAGGCCUACUCGGACCACACCACCUUCAAGGCUGGCUACCUCUCCACCAACACACAGCAGUUUGUGGCAGCCUUUGAAGAUGGGCCCUACGUCUUCUUCAUCUUCAACCAGCAGGACAAGCACCCUGCUCGGAACCGCACCCUGCUGGCACGCAUGUGCAAAGACGAUCCCUCCUACUACUCUUACGUGGAGAUGGACUUGCAGUGCCGAGACCCCAGUGACCCUCAGGGCCUGGCCUUUGGUGUCUGCCUUGCAGCCUCUGUGACAGUGCCUGGCGCUGAUAGAGUCCUCUAUGCCGUCUUCAGCCGGGACGGCUGGAGCAGCGCGGGCCCUGGCGCUGGCCUCUGCCUGUUCCCGCUGGGUGAGGUCCACGACAAAAUGGAAGCCAACCGGAACACUUGCUACACGGGCAUCCGGGAGGCCAGCCACGACACCUUCUACAAACCUUUCCAUGGCGAGAUCCAGUGUGGGCGCCACGUGCUAGGUGCCAGCGAGAACUUCCCCUGUGGCUCAGAACACCUGCCCUACCCGCUGGGCAGCCGGGACGGGCUCACCGCCACAGCCCUGCUGCAGCGCGGCGGCCUCAAUCUCACCGCGGUGACAGUAACUGCUGAGAACAACCACACCAUCGCUUUCCUGGGCACCUCUGAUGGCCGGAUCCUCAAGGUUUACCUUGCCCCAGAUGGCACCGCUGCGGAGUAUGGCUCUAUCCUCGUGGAGAUCAACAAGAGAAUCAAGCAGGACCUGGCACUGUCUGGAGACCUGACUAGCCUGUAUGCCAUGACCCAGGACAAGGUGUUCCGGCUCCCGGUGCAGGAGUGUCUGAGCUACCAAACCUGUGAACAGUGCCGCGACUCCCAGGACCCUUACUGCGGGUGGUGUGUCAUAGAGGGCCGGUGCACCAGAAGGAUUGAGUGCCCACGGGCCGCAGAGACAGGCCAUUGGUUAUGGAGCCGAGACAAGAUCUGCGUGGCCAUCACAGACGCCCAGCCACAGAACAUGAGCCGGCGAGCCCAGGGAGAGGUACAGCUGACGGUCAGCCCCCUCCCUACCCUGACCCCAGAGGAUGAAUUGCUGUGCCAUUUUGGUGACUCGCCGACACACCCUGCCGGCGUGGAAGGGGAGGUGGUCGUCUGUUACUCCCCCAGCAACAUACCUCUGACACCGCCAGGCCAGGACCAUGUGACUGUGAACAUCCAGCUCCUCUUCAAACAGGGCAGCAUCUUCCUCACCUCCCACCAGUACCCCUUCUACGACUGCCCAGCGGCCAUGAGUCUGGUGGAGAACCUGCCGUGCAUCUCCUGUGCCAGCAACCGCUGGGCGUGCCAGUGGGACCUGCGCUACCACGAGUGCCGGGAGGCCUCCCCCAACCCCGAGGACGGCAUCAUUCGUGCCCACAUGGAGGACAAUUGUCCCCAGUUCCUGGACCCCAGCCCUCUGGUCAUCCCCAUGAACUAUGAAACAGAAGUGACCUUCCAGGGCAAGAACUUGGACACAGUGAAGGGCUCUACCCUGCACGUGGGCAGCGACCUGAUGAAGUUCGAGGAGCCGGUGACGAUGCAGGAGCCCGGGACCUUCUUCUUCCGGACCCCAAAGCUAUCCUACGAUGCCAAUGAGACACUGCCUCUUCACCUGUACAUUAAGUCCCACGGCAAGAACAUUGACAGCAAGCUCCAAGUGACCCUCUACAACUGCUCCUUUGGCCGCAGUGACUGCAGCCUGUGUCUGGCGGCAGACCCCGCCUACAGGUGCGUAUGGUGCCGCGGGCAGAACAGGUGUGUGUACGAAGCGCUGUGCAGCAAUUCCACCUCGGAGUGCCCGCCUCCCGUCAUUACCAAGAUCCAGCCAGAGACAGGCCCCCUGGGCGGGGGCAUCCGUGUCACCAUCCUGGGGUCCAAUUUGGGUGUCAGAGCGGAUGAUGUCAAGAGCAUUACUGUAGCUGGCCAGAACUGUGCCUUUGAGCCAGAGCAGUACUCGGUGUCCACCCGGAUCGUGUGUGCCGUCGAGGCCGCCCAGGCCCCCUUCACCGGGGGCAUUGAGGUGGACGUCAACGGGAAACUUGGCCAUUCGCCCCCCAGUGUCCAGUUUACCUACCAACAGCCCCAGCCCCUCAGUGUGGAGCCGAAGCAGGGGCCACAGGCAGGUGGCACUACACUGACCAUCGACGGCACCCACCUGGACACAGGUUCCAAGGAGGAUGUGCGGGUGACCCUCAACGACGUCCCUUGUGAAGUGGUAAAGUUUGGGGAACAGCUGCAGUGUGUCACAGGGCCUCAGCCCACUCCAGGCCAGGUGGCUGUAGAGAUCUCCUAUGGAGGCUCCCACGUGUCCAACCAUGGUGUCUCCUUUACCUACUGUGAGAAUCCGGUGCUACGGGCCUUUGAGCCUCUGCGGAGCUUUGUGAGCGGUGGUCGGAGCAUCACCAUCACGGGCCAGGGCUUUGGCCUCAUCCAGAAGUUUGCCAUGGUUGUCAUCGCUGAGCCUCUGCAGUCCUGGCGGCGGCGGCGGGAGGCCGGACCCCUGCAGCCCAUGACGGUCACCGGCACUGAGUACACCUUCUACAACGACACCAAGGUGGUCUUCUUGUCCCCUGCUGUCCCCGAGGAACCCGAGGCCUACAACCUAACGGCACUGAUACAGAUGGAUGGACACCGUGCCCUGCUUAGGACCGAAGCUGGUGCCUUUGAGUAUGUGGCAGACCCCACCUUUGAAAACUUCACAGGUGGUGUCAAGAAGCAGGUCAACAAGCUCAUCCAUGCCAAGGGCACCAACUUAAACAAGGCAAUGACGCUGCAGGAGGCCGAGGCGUUUGUGGGAGCUGAGCGCUGCAUCAUGAAGACGCUCACGGAGACAGACCUGUACUGUGAGCCCCCCGAGGCUCAGCCACCCCCAAAGCGGCGGCAGAGGCGAGACACCACACACAACCUGCCGGAGUUCAUAGUGAAGUUUGGCUCCCGGGAAUGGGUGCUGGGCCGUGUGGAGUACGACACCCGUGUAAGCGACGUGCCGCUUGGCCUCAUCCUGCCACUGGUCAUUGUGCCCAUGGUGGCCGUGAUCGCCGUGUCCAUCUACUGCUACUGGAGGAAGAGCCAGCAGGCCGAGCGAGAGUAUGAGAAGAUAAAGUCCCAGCUGGAAGGCUUGGAGGAGAGCGUGCGUGAUCGCUGCAAGAAAGAGUUCACAGACCUGAUGAUCGAGAUGGAAGACCAGACAAACGACGUGCACGAGGCGGGCAUUCCCACGCUGGACUACAAGACCUACACUGAUCGCGUCUUCUUCCUGCCUUCCAAGGAUGGCGACAAGGACGUCAUGAUCACUGGCAAGCUGGACAUCCCGGAGUCCAGGCGGCCCAUCGUGGAGCAGGCCCUCUACCAGUUCUCUAACCUCCUCAACAGCAAGUCCUUUCUUAUCAACUUUAUUCACACCCUAGAAAGCCAGCGGGAGUUCUCCGCCCGGGCUAAGGUCUACUUCGCAUCGCUGCUGACGGUGGCGCUGCAUGGGAAACUGGAGUACUACACAGACAUCAUGCGCACGCUCUUCCUGGAGCUCAUGGAGCAGUAUGUGGUGGCCAAGAACCCCAAGCUGAUGCUGCGCAGGUCUGAGACCGUGGUAGAGAGAAUGCUGUCCAACUGGAUGUCUAUCUGUCUGUACCAGUACCUCAAGGACAGUGCAGGGGAGCCUUUGUACAAGCUUUUCAAGGCCAUCAAGCAUCAGGUGGAGAAAGGGCCAGUGGAUGCCGUGCAGAAGAAGGCCAAGUACACCCUCAACGACACGGGGCUGCUGGGGGAUGAUGUCGAGUACGCACCCCUGACGGUGAGCGUCAUCAUCCAGGACGAAGGAAUCGACGCCAUCCCCGUCAAAGUCCUCAACUGCGACACCAUCUCCCAGGUCAAGGAAAAGAUCAUCGACCAGGUGUACCGCACACAGCCAUGCUCCUGCUGGCCUAAGCCGGACAGCGUGGUUCUCGAGUGGCGUCCUGGGUCCACAGCCCAGAUUCUUUCCGACCUGGAUCUGACCUCCCAGCGGGAGGGCCGGUGGAAGCGGAUCAACACCCUCAUGCACUACAACGUCCGAGAUGGAGCCACCCUCAUCCUAUCCAAGGUGGGGGUCUCUCAGCAGCCAGAGGACAGCCAGCAGGACCUGCCCGGGGAACGCCACGCCCUCCUGGAGGAAGAGAACCGGGUGUGGCACCUGGUGCGGCCCACCGACGAGGUGGACGAGGGCAAGUCCAAACGUGGCAGUGUGAAGGAGAAGGAGCGGACCAAGGCCAUCACUGAGAUCUACCUGACAAGGCUACUCUCAGUCAAGGGCACCCUGCAGCAGUUCGUGGACAACUUCUUCCAGAGUGUGCUGGCACCUGGGCACGCGGUGCCGCCUGCAGUCAAGUACUUCUUCGACUUCCUGGAUGAGCAAGCAGAGAAGCACGACAUCAGAGAUGAGGACACAAUCCACAUCUGGAAGACCAACAGUUUACCACUGCGGUUCUGGGUGAACAUCCUCAAAAACCCGCAUUUCAUCUUCGAUGUGCACGUCCACGAGGUGGUGGACGCCUCGCUGUCCGUCAUCGCACAGACCUUCAUGGAUGCCUGCACCCGCACAGAGCAUAAACUGAGCCGGGACUCUCCUAGCAAUAAACUGCUGUAUGCCAAGGAGAUCUCUACCUAUAAGAAGAUGGUGGAGGAUUACUACAAGGGCAUCCGACAGAUGGUGCAGGUCAGCGAUCAGGACAUGAACACACACUUGGCAGAGAUUUCCCGGGCACACACCGACUCACUGAAUACACUCGUAGCCCUGCACCAGCUCUACCAGUACACACAGAAGUACUACGAUGAGAUCAUCAACGCCCUAGAGGAGGACCCUGCAGCCCAGAAGAUGCAGCUGGCCUUCCGCCUGCAGCAGAUCGCUGCAGCACUGGAGAACAAGGUUACCGACCUCUAACCUCUGACCGCAGCGCUGCCUCAGAGCACAGCACAGAACAUGCCCUGGGCAUCUGGAGGGGUGCAGCGGGCUCACUUCCUGCUAUAGACUGUAGUGUCCUUCCUGAGCAAUACUGCCCGGGCACCACGCCAGCAGCUCCCUCCUGUGGCACCAGCAUCGGGCGUCUCUGUGUCGUCUCCUGAGCGACUUGCAAACGUGCCUUACACAACCACGCCAGGCCGCUGGGGGCAGUGGCGCCUCAGCCCCCCUCCCUGUGCACCAGCAGCCUCCUCAGUGUCCCUGGGUUUGGUCUUGGGUGGGCUCUGGGUACCUGCAGCCCCCAGGGAAAGUACCUGGACUGAGUGCCUGUCUGCCAGAUAGGAGGAGGAGAAGCGGUACGAUGCCUUCCUGACCUCACCUGGCUCCCAGUGGGGUGCAGGCAUUCGGGUGGACUCAGGGGCUGCUGGCCCCACCUGAAAGGUCAAACUGGACGUCAGACGUCGGGGCCCAGUGGCUGGGGGCCCAGCAGACUGGUCUCAGCCUGUCAGACAGGUUGCCUCGAAGGCCCCGUCCAGGUCUGGGGCAGCUCCGCCAGGGCCAUCCACCCCUUUUUGUAAAUCGUGUUGAUUGUACAUCCAAUACAACUGUCUUUUUCA